AUGUCAAGUCAUACAGGUGGCCAUGGGCCGCACGCUAACAGCCACCACCAUCAUCAUCACGGCUCGCACGGACAAGAACAACGUAUUGGCAAAUACCAAAUUAUCAAGACUCUGGGGGAAGGGUCUUUUGGGAAAGUGAAACUGGCAUACCACGUCACAACAGGCCAGAAAGUAGCUCUGAAGAUCAUCAACAAAAAAGUGUUGGCCAAGAGUGACAUGCAGGGCCGCAUAGAGCGAGAAAUUUCAUACCUCCGGUUGCUAAGACACCCGCAUAUCAUCAAGCUCUACGAUGUCAUCAAGUCAAAGGACGAAAUUGUGAUGGUUAUCGAAUACGCCGGUAACGAGCUGUUCGACUACAUUGUGCAACGCGACAAGAUGAGUGAGAACGAAGCACGUCGGUUUUUCCAGCAGAUCAUUAGUGCUGUAGAGUACUGUCAUCGUCACAAGAUCGUACACAGAGACUUGAAGCCGGAGAACUUGCUUCUGGACGAACAUUUGAACGUCAAGAUUGCCGAUUUCGGACUGUCGAACAUCAUGACGGAUGGUAACUUUUUGAAAACUUCGUGUGGUUCGCCCAAUUAUGCGGCUCCCGAAGUUAUUAGUGGGAAAUUAUAUGCGGGUCCCGAAGUCGACGUAUGGUCGUCUGGGGUUAUUCUGUACGUGAUGUUGUGUCGUAGACUGCCGUUUGACGACGAGAGCAUCCCCGUGUUGUUCAAGAACAUCAGUAAUGGUAUCUAUACGCUGCCCAAAUUUUUGUCACCGGGUGCCUCCAAUUUGAUCAAACGGAUGCUGAUCGUCAACCCACUCAACAGAAUCACAAUCCAUGAAAUAAUGCAGGAUGAGUGGUUCCGGGUAGACAUGUCCGAUUACUUGUUGCCCGCUGAUUUGAGAUCGGAAGGCGACGUGCAUAACGACGGUGACCAUCAUGGUCAAGGUGACGACGAAGAUGUGGAAGAAGUGGACGACUCGCUAGUGACUAUGCUGACGAAAACGAUGGGCUACGAUCGAGACGAAAUUUAUGAAGCAUUGGAAUCCGAAGAGGAUAAUCCGGCUCUCAAAGAAAUAAGAGACGCUUACUCGUUGAUCAAAGAGAAUAAAUCUCUGAUUGACGAUUUGAAAAAUAACAGAGACCAAAGCAGCGAACUCGACACAUUUCUGUCGCAAUCGCCUCCCACAUACGAUCUCAAACCACAACGGUCUCCCGCGGGUUCCAACCCGUCGCAUGGCUCACGAAACCACCGUCAUGUGAAGAGAAGCCAACAGCGCACUUACCAAUCGCCAUUUGUCGACCAAGAGAAAGACGAGGACAGCACAAUUGCCAUUUUGCCGAGCUCGCUGCCCCAAAUGCACCGCGCAAACAUGCUGGCGGAAGGAUCUCCUGCUGCUACCAAAAUCUCUCCGCUCAGCACCAAAAAAUCGAAAACCAGGUGGCAUUUUGGGAUCAGGUCUCGUUCUUAUCCGCUGGACGUGAUGGGCGAAAUCUACAUCGCAUUGAAAAAUCUGGGGGCGCAAUGGGCAAAGCCGUCCGAAGACGACUUGUGGACCAUUCGUGUGAGAUGGAAAUACGACACCAAACAGCCUGCCAACGAGAAGAUCCCAGAUCUCAUGAAGAUGGUCAUCCAGCUGUUCCAGAUCGAAGCCAACAACUACCUGGUGGAUUUCAAAUUUGAUGGCUGGGAGAACAGCUACGGGGAGUCCACUCCUGCUGCUAACGAAGACGAGAUGAGCACAUUUUCUGCGUAUCCAUUUCUGCAUCUCACCACCAAACUCAUAAUGGAGUUGGCCGUCAACAGUCAAGGUGGAUAG